AACUCGUUGAGGCGCCUGGCCCUGCAGUGCGCGCGACCCCACACUGAGUACUGUCUGAGAAGAUGGAGGCUGCUGAAUUGGUGGUUGUAGCUCUGUGCUGAAGUGUCUCGCGGAUUAGUUAACGUGAAACAGAUAGUCAGACAAGUACAACAUAAAAGACAAUAAGUGAGAGACGGAUUUGUACGAGUGUACUUUCAGGGCUGACCAGUUGAAAACGUGAGUCUGGGGUUGGUGGAGACUUCUUCGGGGUAGCGGCAGGACAGAACGCGGCUGUUUGCGGGACAAGGCCUUGCAUGGGGCAAGGGGAGAGCGGCCUGGGUCGGGAUCUUGCUUAACUGUCUUGCCUUGCUACAGACGGAGUUACGCCAGUGGGAACUGGAGCUUAACAACACGGUUUUAAUAGACUGUUAACGGUGGCGGCCCCUGUAUAGAGGAGGUUCUUGCACGCACCCUGUGGACAGCAGCUCGGUGGUUUCCAAAAGAAAGUCGUUGACUAAGUCUGAGAGCUGUCAGUCACCUCUGAGUAGGAACACUCCGGAGGUCUGGAGAGAUGUGACAGUACUGUUAAGAGACAUGGUAUUUGGCUAAAGUUGUUGUUUGGAAGCUGUAAGAGCAGGACGGUAGCAGUUUAAGUGUAAGAGGAAAGGGUAACAACACCAUCAUUAGGACAGGGUGAUGACAUCAGAGCUGGGGAGAAGCAGACACAUAGCAGGAAGGGCAACAACACUAGGGGAGGGACAGUGACCCAGAAGUCUGGGCAGUUAGUUGAAAUACUAGAGGCUGGUGAGUGUUUACUUUGGGCAGCCACACUUUUGGGAACACUUAUGACUAGCGUGAAAACACUUAAGAGAAUGACAGUAACACUAAACCAAAGGUCUAGCAGGGAGCAUAAAACGGUUUCUUGCUAGGAAUGCCCCAGAUGAUUGUGUGAAAAACUUGGAGAAAGCAGUAGAAGUGUAACACUGAGAACCUGUUAGCAAAUUAAAGGGAGACUUUUUAGUCUAGAUGUCAGGGUGCAAACACCAGUAACUAUGAACAGGUGUCAUUGAUCGUUUACCAAAACUGAAUGUAGUAGCUGGCAUGAGUAAGAAAAAAAAAACAAAAGCUGAACGAUGCAUUUUAAAUGCUGUGGUAUGAAAUUAUUAUUGGUACAUUUAGGAAUUAUGUGUUCAUCUGCUCACACUGAAACAUUUUAAGUCAAGUGAAAGUAAGAACAUUUAGGAUCAGCUGAAUAUGGCUUCUCCUCAGCACCAGCAGUUGCUUCCUCAGAGUACUGAGGUGAGCUGUGAUGCUAGUGGGGACUGCAGUAGUGUCACUGUGAAAAUCUGUAAGCACCCAACACCAGGAUCCUCCAGCAGUAAGCACUGCAAAUACAGUAUCUCUUCUAGCUGUAGCUCGGGAGAAUCUGCUGUCAGAAGAGGUGGCUAUACAGGGGUUCGCAGAAGGAAGAAACUGCCUCAACUUUUUGAAAGGGCAUCUCGAAAAUGGUGGAACCCCAUGUUUGACUCCAGUAUUCUAGAAGAGGCCUGUAAUGAAAGAUGCUUCCCACAGACGCAAAGGAGGUUUCGUUAUGCUCUCUUUUAUCUUAUAGUGGCUUCUCUGCUGUGGAGUAUCUUCUUUGGUCUCCAUAUGACAUCCAGACAGAUUGCCUUCCUGGUGCCAACUCUGUGCUUCCUUCUAGUAUGCUCUGCACUUUUUAUAUUUACAUAUACCAAACUUUAUGCAAGCCAUUAUGUCUGGGUGUCUUUAUUCCUUACUGUUUUGGCCUUUGCUUUGACACUGGCCCCACAGUUUCAGAAUAUAUCGCACAUUUCAAAUUGUACAGGGCUUAAUUCUGCACAGCCACUGAACUACACUGAAGCUUUUCUUUCUCCAGUUGGAAGUUUUUCUAUAUGUGUUGAGGUGCUUUUAUUACUGUAUACAGUGAUGCAGAUACCACUGUAUUUCUGUGUUUUUUUGGGCCUAUUGUAUUCUGUGCUGUUUGAAACAUUUGGAUAUUAUUUUCAAGAUGCAGGUUGCUUGAUUCCAUGGAAGGUGGUUGGUAGAGCAUCCCUUCACCUUUGCAUCCAUCUUAUUGGAAUUCUUUUAUUUAUCAUGUCUGAAGUCAGGUUGAGGACUACUUUUUUAAAAAUUGGACAGUCCAUUAUGCAUGGUAAAGACUUGGAGGUAGAGAAGGCCUUAAAAGAACGAAUGAUCCAUUCGGUGAUGCCAAGGAUGAUUGCAGAUGAUCUCCUGAAACCAGGAGAUGACGAUAGUGACAGCACAGCGAAACGACCCUCAACAUCGAGUCCCAAGGGCAAGAACAAAAAGUCUUCAAGUGCAAAGGCACCAAUUGUGUUUCGCCCUUUCACUAUGCUCCGAAUGGAGCCAGUGAGCAUUCUUUUUGCAGAUAUUGUUGGCUUCACUAAAAUGAGUGCCAAUAAGUCAGCUCAUGCCUUGGUGAGUCUUCUUAAUGAUCUCUUUGGCCGAUUUGACCGAUUAUGUGAAGACAGCAAAUGUGAAAAAAUCAGUACUUUGGGUGAUUGUUAUUACUGUGUGGCAGGAUGCCCUGAGCCACGGCCUGACCAUGCAUAUUGCUGUAUUGAAAUGGGACUAGGGAUGAUCAAAGCUAUAGAACAGUUUUGCCAGGAGAAAAAAGAGAUGGUAAACAUGCGAGUUGGUGUCCACACAGGGACUGUGUUAUGUGGAAUUCUGGGAAUGAAGCGUUUUAAAUUUGAUGUCUGGUCAAAUGACGUGAAUUUGGCCAAUCUGAUGGAACAGUUAGGCGUGGCAGGUAAAGUCCACAUUUCAAGCACCACGGCUGAAUACCUGGAUGAUCGUUAUGUUAUAGAGGAUAGUCGAAUAGUAGAACGUGUUGGACAGACUGUUGUUGAUGAGCAGUUGAAAGGUAUAUUCAUUGUCCAGUGUGUAGUGUGAGAAUGCCAAGUUGUGAUGUCAUCAUGGAAGAAAGUACCACCCAAAAUGGUUGUCAGGAAGAAAGAAAAAGCAACAUGAAGGCUUUUGGAGGAAACAACCCAAAAACACAAAAUGGACUUCUGAGCCCUCCACAGGAUGAAAAACUCACCAACAGCCAGACAUCCCUGUACGAAAUGUUGCAAGAAAAAGGGAGAUGGGCUGGGGUCAGUCUUGACCAAUCUGCUUUUCUUCCACUGCGUCAUAAGACCAUUCGUGAGAAGACAGAUGCUCAUUUUGUGGAUGUAAUCAAGGAAGACAGCUUGAUGAAAGAUUAUUUCUUCAACCCCCCAAUUAACAAGCUGAGUCUGAAAUUUAUGGAUUCUGAACUGGAGACGUCUUAUCGUGCCAGUUACCAGCAAGAGGUGGUAAAGAAUGUGCCAGUGAAGACGUUUGCCAGCUCCAUCUUCAGUUCAUUCUUGGAUGUGCUUCUUUCCACCCUUGUCAUUUUCUUUCUCUCCAUCACCUGUUUCCUGAAUCAGAGUUUUACCACGUUCCCUCCCCCACCUGCAGCCAUCAUCGUUUGCGUCAUCGCGUUCGUGUUGGAAGUGCUGUCGCUGAUUGUUUCCAUCAGAAUGGUGUUUUACCUGGAUGAAGUACUGGACUGUACAAAGAACUUGCUGAAGUUUAUUUCUGACUGGCUGCCCCGGCAUUUUAUUGGUGCCAUCCUGAUAUCCCUUCCAGCAGUAGUGGCCCUUUUCCACUUCUCCAGGGAGAUUGCAUCUGAUGAACGACAUAAUUUGCUACUGUGCUGCGCUGUGAUUAUCGCCAUUGUCCAGUACUGUAAUUUCUGCCAGCUUAACUCGUGGAUGAGAUCUGCAUUUGCCACUCUGGUAGGAGCAGUCCUCCUUGGUCUUCUUUAUAGCUUCCAGUUUUCCAGGGAGAAUUUGUUCAACAGUUCAGUACCAGAUGCUGAUGGAAGAACUGGAGGCAUUAUUUACUGGGAACUGGUCUUGGCCUUCUUUCUUCUCUUGCUUUUGGUCUGGUUUCUGAAUCGUGAGUUUGAAGUCAGUUACCGGCUGCAUUAUCAUGGAAAUGUACAAGCCGACCUUCACCGCACAACGAUCCAAAGCUUGAGAGAUCAAGCUGACUGGCUACUGCGCAACAUAAUCCCAUUUCACGUUGCAGAACAGUUAAAGGUGUCUCAGAGUUAUUCAAAAAACCAUGACAAUGUGGGUGUGAUUUUUGCCAGCAUUGUCAAUUUCAGCGAGUUUUAUGAAGAGAAUUUUGAAGGUGGAAAAGAAUGUUACAGAGUUCUGAAUGAGCUCAUUGGUGACUUUGAUGAAUUGUUGAGUAAGCCUCCAUACAGUAACAUUGAGAAGAUCAAGACUAUUGGAGCAACUUACAUGGCUGCUUCAGGGCUUAGUGCCUCUCACUGCCAAGACAGCAGUCAUCCUCACAGUCAUCUGCAAAAUCUGUUUGACUUUGCCAGAGAGAUGAUGAGAGUAGUUGACAAUUUCAACAAGGACAUGUUGUGGUUUAAUUUCAAGUUGCGCAUCGGAUUUAAUCAUGGACCCUUAACAGCUGGUGUAAUUGGCACCACCAAACUGCUAUAUGACAUUUGGGGUGAUACAGUAAACAUAGCCAGUAGGAUGGACACCACUGGUGUGGAAUGCCGUAUUCAGGUGAGUGAAGAGAGCUACCGCGUCCUUCGUGAAAUGGGUUAUGAGUUUGACUACAGGGGAACAGUGAAUGUAAAAGGCAAAGGUCAGAUGAAGACAUUUCUUUUCCCAAAAUCUAUAGACAAUGGCAUUGUGCCUCAUCACCAGUUGUCAAUUUCUCCAGACAUCCGGAUCCAGGUGGAUGGUAGUAUUGGACGGUCUCCCACAGAUGAGAUUGCCAGCAUGGUGCCAUCUGUGCAAAACACAGAACAAACAGUGCAAUGUCCUGAUAUCAUGGAGGCCAAGAUCCUGCCAGUUGCCUCCAAGAAACUCAAAAGUAACUCUGUUAAGGUAGAAGACAGACACACAAGCACCACAAAAAAUACAGAAGGCCACAGUAAAGAAGUGGAUGGAACAGACAGACUUUCACAUGCACAGACUUCUAAGCAUCUCUGAGGCUCCCAGUUGAACUGUCUGUUGACCAGUGGAAUCCCUGAGGCAGAUGCUUUUAGCUGCUGUCUUGUAAUGAGGAACAUUUAUACAGCUGCUUGUAUGGUUCAGUGUUUCCUGGUGCUGUGUAGAUCACAACACCUCAGGACCUAUUAAUUCCAUAAUUAUGUAUCUGCUAUUGCGAGGAUAUGAAGUGCCUUUUACAUACUCCAUAGCCUCUUGUGCAGCUUGAUGUUCAAAUGAAUUUGUACCAGGAGUUGACACAUUUAGGCUAUGGUUGCACCAUUUAUAACUUUUAUUCUGUCACACAUGCAUAUAUAUAUAUAUAUAUAUAUA